UUCCGGCUCCAUCUGGUACCGGAGAAGGAAGAAAAUAAAGCUUUAGACGGGUGCCCCCGCCGCUGCUGCUGUGUCGCGUCCCGCGCUGCUCCGCCCCGCCCGGUUUUCCUCCCUCCGCCCCCAUCACGCGGCGCGCGGAGCGGCAGCAGCGCCGCCGGCAGGUAUGUCAGAACUCAACAAUGAAUCCACAACACUUGAUGAAUCUCAUCCAGCUGCAGAAGAGGUCCAGUCUGACUCUGAGCAAGGUGCAAUGGCUCAAGAGUCUCCCAAAAAUUCAGCAGCAGAAAUUCCUGUGACUAGCAAUGGACAACUGGAAGAUUCUCACGAGCACAACUUUAAUAGGGACUUGAAACGUUCAUUACCAGUUGGACUUGGACUCUCUGAAACCAAAAUAACAUCUCAUGGCUUUGAUGGCACCAAAGAGGGAGUUGUUGAGGCAGGACCAUUUCCAGGUAAAGGUUCCAUAGCAUCACCCAAAUCAUCUGUUAUAUCUCCUAGCAAUGCAGCAGCUAGCAGACUGGCUGGACAAGGUUGUGAUUUAAUUAUUCCAACAGGGGGAAGAACUCAGCAGAAGAGUGGACCUGUUGUAUUAGCAGAUGAAGUAAAGAAUCCAGCAAUGGAGAAGUUGGAAUUAGUGAGGAAGUGGAGCCUAAACACUUACAAGUGUACACGUCAGAUCAUCUCUGAAAAACUGGGUCGUGGCUCAAGAACAGUAGAUCUGGAACUAGAAGCUCAAAUAGAUAUAUUGAGAGAUAACAAAAAAAAAUAUGAAAAUAUCUUAAAACUGACACAGACAUUGUCCACACAACUCUUCCAGAUGGUACAUACCCAAAGGCAACUUGGAGAUGCGUUUGCUGACCUGAGUUUGAAAUCAUUGGAACUUCAUGAGGAGUUUGGCUACAAUGCAGAUACUCAGAAACUUCUAGCUAAAAAUGGAGAAACUCUUCUUGGGGCUAUUAACUUUUUUAUUGCCAGUGUGAAUACAUUGGUGAAUAAAACAAUUGAGGACACAUUAUUGACUGUGAAACAAUAUGAAAGUGCCAGGAUUGAAUAUGAUGCCUAUCGAACAGAUCUAGAAGAGCUGAAUCUUGGCCCUCGUGAUGCAAACACUCUACCAAAGAUUGAGCAAUCACAACAACUGUUUCAAAUGCAUAAAGAGAAAUAUGAUAAAAUGCGUAAUGACGUAUCUAUCAAAUUGAAAUUUUUGGAAGAAAAUAAGGUUAAGGUGUUGCACAAUCAGCUCGUUCUGUUCCACAAUGCUAUCGCAGCAUACUUUGCUGGGAAUCAAAAGCAGCUCGAACAGACACUUAAACAGUUCCACAUCAAAUUGAAAACUCCUGGAGUAGAUGCUCCAUCCUGGCUUGAAGAACAGUAAUCAGAUCGGAGAAGAGGACCCAAUGUUAUCAGAAAAAUCUGUAAAUCUAAUAAGAAUUAAGGUUUGGGGUUGAAGGACUGUUGUAGUGAUUCUUGCACAGACAGCUUUAAUUUUUUCCCCCCUUUUAUAAUACUGUAAAACUGAAUUUCUUGGGAAAGUGGGUGACUUCAAGGUAACCAAACAUAAUUUGUGUCAUUUCAAGUGUAGAGCACUCCUUUUUGUAUGUGAAGGUUGGUGGUUAUUUCUGUAG